AUGGACAUCUGGAUUGCAGUGUGGCUUACUCAGUUUAUCAUGGUGUUUAUAAUCAACGCCUUCACUCUCGUCGUCUUUGCUAGGAGCCGCCAUCUACGCAGGCGUAACACGUACUUGAUAAUGAACCUAACUGUGGCUGAUUUACUGAUAGCAGCCGUUUCAGGACCUGAAACCAUUUUAAUUUAUAUACGAGACAGAAAUCUGGAAAAAGGCUUCGGGGUUUUAUAUUCAAUAAUCUCUGACAUGUGUUGGAUAGCUUCACUGGGUAACCUAGUUUUAAUUUCUUUAGAGCGAUUGCACGCAACACUGUACCCCUUUAGGCAUUGCUUACUUGGGAAAAGCUUUUACUAUAAGAUUAUCACUUUUAGUUGGUUUGGAGCUUUGACUCUAGCAUGUGGUGUACAAAUCAGUCGCAUGAAUGAUGUACCCCUCGCAGAUCGAUACCCCUGGAUAAUUUAUAUUUUUCUUACCCUUGCAGUACUAACAAUAUCUUAUGUUAUAAUUAUUUCAAAAUUUAUUAGAAAAGCUCAUGUCCAGCAGUUAGGGUCAGUUAUGUCAGCAGAAAGAAAACUUUCACUAACUUUAUUCAUAGUUAGUGCUGCCUCUAUACUUACUCUUCUUCGCUGGGUAAUAAUUAUUUGUAUUGCGAUAAGUUCAGACCGUGUUUUAUGGCUUCAGUUCACACCUAUGAAGAUAGCAUCAACAUUUUAUCACCUUAAUUCUAUAUUGAAUCCAGUGAUCUACGCAAUUAGAUUGACAGAGUUCAGGAGAGCUUCGAAGGAGUUUUCUGCAAAAACAAUGUGUAUCCAGUAA